AUGGCAGACUUGGGCGACUUUUUCGAGCACUGCAAUGAGCUCUACCACCUCAGCUCCAAGGUGCCCAAGGAGGCCCGGCAGGAGGACUGCAUUCUCGGCAUUGAUGAAGCCGGUCGAGGGCCGGUACUGGGACCCAUGGUCUACGGUGCCGCUUACUACCCGGUCAGACUGCAGGACAAUCUGAAGGGCGACAAGUUUCAAGACUCAAAGACGCUCACUGAAAAAGAGCGAAGUGCCAUGUUUGAGAAGAUGAAGGAGUACAACAUUGGCUGGUUUGCUACCGUCCUCUCGCCCAUCGUCAUCAGUAAUGCCAUGUUGAAGAGAUCAAAGUACAACCUCAAUGCCCUAUCCCACGACACGGCCAUCAACCUCAUUCGAAAGGCCAUUGAAAGUGGCGUUCAACUGAAGGAAGUGUACCUGGACACGGUGGGCCCGGCGGACAAGUACCAGAUCAAGCUGCGGGCGCUCUUUCCCAACAUCAAAGUGGUCGUCUCCAACAAGGCGGACUCCAUCUACAAGAUUGUCAGUGUCGCUUCGAUUUGCGCCAAGGUGACGCGAGAUCAUGCUGUCAAGAACUGGCAAUUCCUCGAAGAGGGCAUCUCUUUCUCAGAGUCCGAAUACGGUUCAGGGUACCCGGGAGACCCGAAAACAAAAGACUUUCUCAAGAAGGCCUUCGACCCUUUAUUCGGUUUUCCCACAUUUGUACGCUUCAGCUGGUCGACCAUCACUAAGAUAAUGGAGGAGAAGGCGAUCGGCUGCGAGUG